AACUUCUUUGGACAUUUUCCCUUUCCCUUACUGACCUUAGCCACCUCCCUCCCGCAAUGCCGCUGUGGUCCGACUUUCACUUCUGGAGUCCGCCCGAGGAUCCGGAGCGGCCGCCGUUUCCAUACGCGUCCGUCUUCACUGUUACCAUCACCGAGCACGUUCCCCCUCGACCGUUCGGCCUGCCGUCGGUGUACCCUUUCAUUGAGCCGCCCUACGACACGUCUGAUGAGCACCUCAAAACCUUGACGCAGACCGAGCUCGUCGUCAGUUGUCCACCUCUGGAAGCCGAUGAUGACACGGAUAGCGUCGUUCCCGAGAAGCCGGCAGAGGCAACCCUCAAAGUGGAGCGGCCCAUCGCGGUGGAAGACGGGCGGGGUCCGCAGCUGGUCGCCUGCACUGUCACGCCGCAAAACGGACAGGGCAAACCGUUCCAGGCCGUGGCCAAGAUAUUCGAUCCACUCUACUACUCGUUCGAAAACGAGAAUGCUCCGCAUCGGCCCGUCGCCACCACGCUCGCGGCCGAUUCCGACUACAGCAUCGAAGCUGCCGCCUAUGCCCACCUCCAAAAGACGGGCCACACGGGAGGAUUCGCGCCCGAGUACUACGGUUCCUGGACCUUCACGCUACCUAUCCGCCACCGUGGGAUCCAACACGAGCGCCAUGUCCGUCUGUUGCUCAUCGAGUAUAUCGACGGCGUUUGCAUGCGCGACCUCUGCUACCGAGAGUCGGCGGCUCUGGGCUUCACCGAGGAACACCGUCUUGACGUCUUGGCGCGCAUUCUCGACGGUGAUGCGAGACUGGAGCAUUCCGGGAUAAACCAGCGCGACUUGCUGCCCCGCAACAUCAUGCUGAAGCUCGAGCCAGAGGCGGAGGACCCGCUGGGGAAGGGCCGGCCACGGGUCGUCCAACGGGCCGUGCUCAUUGACUACAACAUUUCUGUGGUGUACCACCUGGCCCCGGAGGCGUGGAAAUACCGCAAAUCCACCGAGCUUCCGUUGAAUCCGAUCGAUCUGUUUUGGAGCACGUCGCUCGACGAUUUUGGCUACUGGGUCCCCCAAAGCUGGCAGGGCAACCGGAGGGCCCAGCAGGAAUGGCUUAUCGAGCGUUUCGGCGGGCAAAAUGCGCUUGCGUACGCGCCGGUAUCGAGGGAGUUAGAGCUCGAUGAUGCCUGAAAGUGCUUAGUGAACUGGGACCAGUAAUUAAAUUAUAGUAACUGAGCAUUAAGGCACUAAGGUAGUUAACCACUAGUCCCUUGAAUGAAUGCACGCCUCUCUUCUCAU